AUGGCAGAAAUGCAAGACAUUGAUUUUACUUGGACGGAAGAUGAUUGGGAGAUCUUCCUAACCGAUUUCAACGCACAACAAGAACAGCAGAUCCAAACAGACGAGGAGAUUCGUGCUGAUCUUGAUCGUCUGUUUAGUGUUGCACAUCAGACUACGAACAAUACUGAUACUACUGCUACUGCCCCAGAAGAAGUACCAGGGGAUUCUAGCUUCGCAGGGCAGGGAGCGCAAUAUGGUCUCACGCAGUCGCAAACAUUUGAAGAGUCUCAGUGGAUGGGAAACGUGAAUCAGUCGGCUUUGAAAGAUACUGAGUGCUUCGAGGACUACUUUGCUACGAUUCCUGGGCAACCGUCGGGUUCUGGUCAACAGGCAGCACCUACGGGUCAACAACAGCAAGAGUCGUUCGCAAGUGUUCAACAACAGCCACUAUUCGCAGGUCAACAACAGCCGUCAUUCGCAGGUCAGCAAUCGAACCAGUAUCCGGCAAUGGACUUCGAGCCUUACUUUGGUGGUAAUUGGCCGAUGAAAGGCUUCCACGGGCUGCCCAACCAAGAAAACCCAGGAAAGCCAGAGGGCUUCGUUCGUCUGCAGCCAGUACAACCAGAGGGCAGCGCAUACCGCACUCCAUAUGCAACACCAUUCACGACUCCCGAACCCAGACCACAAGAGCCCCCAUUCGCCGAACCCAUCGAAUACCAGCGCCUAUUCUCCAACUUCGCAGAAGCCCACGCCACCAUCGAAGCCGAAGACGCACAAAUCGAAAUGGUCCCUCUACAAGUCCAAAACGACAACUGGUCCACCAUCGACAUCCACACCUCCGCCCGCCAACUCUUACACGCCACAACCGCUCUCCCCACCCAAACCCCUCCCGUCAUCGCCUCUGUCUACCAGAAAAAAUACUGGUCUGACCACCAACACCAAUCCCUCCUCAGCGUCCAAUCCCUCAUCCGCCACUCGCCCCCACGCGCCGAAGCUCGCAUUCUCCUCCUCAUCGAAGCCGUGCUGCACCUGCACCAACACGGCUGUCCCGCGACGAUAUUGCACCGCAAAACGCUCAAAGAGGGCUAUCGCGUAGAAACGGAUUUGCGGGCCUCGGAUCGCUUAGAGGCGAUUGUGGAAGUCGCGCGAGAGGAUAAAUAUGUCGCGCAUGAUAUUCUCACGGGCACGAAUUUGGAGGAUAUUGUGCGCUCCCCAAAGGCGUAUAUGCGUCGCAAAGCCGAUAAUUGUCGUGUGAAUGCGAAGAAGGCUAUGGAGAAGGAGGAGGCGGAUCGGUCCAAGGGGGUGGUGGCGAGGAGAAGAGGGGCCGCUGGUGGUGGUGGUGGGGGUGGCGGUGGGGGAGGUACUUUGAUGAGGAGGAAGAAGAGGGGUUCGUCGUCGGCGGCGAUGGCUGGUGCUGGUGCUGGUACUGGUGCUGUUUAUGCGACUCCGGCGCCGAGUUCUCCCGCGGGAUUUUAUGCGAAUCUGGCGCCGAUUCCAUUUGGAUUAGGAGCCGUUCAGGAGUCUUUGGAGGAAAGGGGGGGACAGGGGGCGGAGCGGGACAUGCAAUUUGGCUUUGAGUAG